CGGCUUGGGGUCUCCGCCGCCGGUCGUCCGCUGUGGUGGGUGCGGCUCUGAUGCUGCGGCAGGCUCCGGACGCCCGGAGCUCUGGAGGAAUUUAAGAAGCUUUUAUUCAUGUGCAUGUCAUAGAAGAUGAAUUCAUCAUCUUCUACUAUGAACGAAGAGCCUGAUGCUUUAUCAGUAGUUAACCAGCUACGGGAUUUAGCAGCAGAUCCAUUGAAUAGAAGAGCCAUCGUCCAGGAUCAGGGAUGUUUGCCUGGCCUUAUUUUAUUUAUGGACCACCCAAACCCCCCCGUCGUUCACUCAGCUUUGCUCGCGCUCCGAUACUUGGCUGAAUGCCGUGCGAACAGAGACAAGAUGAAGGGAGAACUGGGAAUGAUGCUGAGCUUGCAGAACGUCAUCCAGAAGACUACAACUCCAGGAGAAACAAAACUUCUGGCCUCAGAAAUCUAUGACAUUCUUCAGUCCUCGAAUAUGGCUGAUGGUGAUAGUUUUAAUGAAAUGAAUUCACGUAGAAGGAAAGCUCAGUUUUUUCUGGGAACUACAAACAAACGUGCCAAAACAGUAGUUUUGCACAUAGAUGGUCUCGAUGAUACGUCUCGGCGAAAUCUAUGUGAAGAGGCUUUGUUAAAAAUUAAAGGUGUUAUUAGCUUUACUUUUCAAAUGGCUGUUCAAAGAUGCGUGGUGCGAAUCCGAUCAGAUUUGAAAGCAGAGGCUCUGGCGUCAGCAAUAGCGUCAACCAAGGUGAUGAAAGCUCAACAAGUGGUGAAAAGCGAGAAUGGGGAAGAGAUGCUGGUCCCUUUUCAGGAUGCCCCUGUGGAAGUGGAAGAGAACACAGAGCUGCCUGACUACUUGCCUGAGGACGAGAGUCCCACAAAGGAACAGGACAAGGCAGUGUCCCGGGUUGGAUCACACCCUGAAGGUGGAGCCAGCUGGUUGAGCACAGCUGCAAACUUUUUAUCCAGAUCAUUUUACUGGUGACUUCAACUUCAGUUUGGGGCUCAAGGACUGUGCAAACCAACAGGGGGCCAGCUUUCCAUUGUUAUGGUGAACUGUCAAGUGCAAUUUGCAAUAAACUAUCAUGGAAAGUUUCUAGAUUACAUGACUAUGUAUGCUGCAUUUUACAUCUUAUUGGACUUUUUCCGCACAAGACAGAGGCUACAGGUCAAGUUUGUUUAUGAAGGUAUUUUGGUAUUGUUUUUCUUUGCUUAAUUGCCUCACAUUUUGUUUUGAAAAACAUGGGUCCACUAUUAAAACCAAAUGUAUGUGUAGCUUUAUAUUGUGUUUUACAGAAGCAUGUGAUUAGGAAAACUCAUUUUCUCCUCAAGCCUCAGGAGAGUUCUAAAAAGUUUUGCAUAGCUCAAGUUGUGCAUGAAUUAACGAAUAUAUUUUUUUUCAGCUUUUCUUUAUAAGCGAUAUAUGACAUGUGCUUUGGUAUCCAUCUCUGAAAGUUGAAGACAUACCUGCUUAGCCCCCUCUGUGCCUUUUUAAUUUUGCCAACCAUGUUUUAUAGAAAAGACAUUAGUAAUGACAUUUUGCAAAUGGAAUUGUGUUCAUUUGAACAUAGACAUACCUAAAAAGAAAAAAAAAACCUCUACAAAAAGCUGUACAGUCUUACUUGCUGUAAUUUUAAUAAGAUUACUGUAGGCCAGUUAAAACACAGGGACAUUAGCAGCUGUAAAGUGCUUCUGGAAGGCUUUGAAUGUGGCCGCACCUGGCUCUGCAGACUCCUGCUCACUUAGGGUAGAGUGGCGUUUAAGAAACAAGUCCACUGUGAUGUUUGAGCAGCAGAUGGUCUCUUGGCCUUAACUCUGUGGUGACACUGUAUUCUGCUAGAGAAAAGUAAUAGUUUAAACAACUGACAAACUUGAAAACAAAAACGAAAUUGGAUGCCUAGAAUGCCGCAGUGCCACCGUGGUCGGUCUGACAUCAGACAUCAGCUGCCUGGCACACACCCAUCCCAGAGAUGCUGCUGCUUAUUGCCUUUCUGUGGUUAUUAAAGUACUGCAGUCAAUUUGACUAAAACAGGAUCCACACUAUUGCUUAGAGCGAAAGAAAGCCAGCACUGGUCACUUACUCUUAUUUUUCAUAUCUAUCCAGAAAACUGACUUCAGUGAAGGUAAGAUAUAUAGAGACAUACACUUGUGUUUUUCUUUAAGACUAAAUUAUAUGUAUGCAAUGCUUUCUUAAGAUUCUAAAAUAUUUGACAACUAAUAUUUUCUUUUUAGAAGUCAGCUAAAUCUAUUUAAAGGCAACAUUAUUAAAACUAACAGGAAGAAACUGAAAUACAUCUUCACCAGGUAGAGUUGCUGUUUUGCUACUUGGAGAAAGUGAAGGGAAAUUAGCCCCUGAAGGGCUUCCGUACAUCUUUGUUGUUUCUCUCUUAGAGAUCACUGAAGCCACCCAGUGUUGCCAGAUCUAUGGCCCAUGAGACCAUGAAGUUCCUUAACGUUCUGGCUUUCUGGAGGGAGAGUAGUGAAGGCAUUUAGAGCAUUUUCCCCACGUCUGGUCUCUGAUUCAAGUGCUGUGUCCAAGCAGAAAGCAGAUGUUUUCAGGGCACAUUGCUAAGCUGUAUAACUGCUUGCUGCCUGAGCCAGAUGUGUUGAGAACCAAACAACAAAUCACCUCUGUAUCCACUAAAGCAAAGUUUACUUUCUGUUUCAACAGGUUUUUAGAUUAUUUUGCAUUGUCACACAUUUAUUUAAAACUACAGCCCUUUUGGUAGUGGUGGUCCAGGUCAGUUGGCAUUUCGGACUGACGUUUGUGUGUAUCUAGGUGUCCUAGGACUCUCAGAGAACUCAAGGCAACUAUAAUGGCAGUUUCUGAAAUAUAUUGUAAAAUAAUAAAAGAUAACAAUGAAAAUCAA